GAAGAAGUCUUGGGGUUCUGGCCGGCUUGAGCAUCUCUGGCCUAAUAGAAAGCCAUUCCCCCCCUUGAACCCCCUAAACUCCAGCCCAGAUCUGCAAAUCCUCCCCAGUCCUCCUCUCUGCCCCCCUUUCUCUCCUCCCAUUUCCUUCCCUCUGUCCUGGGCCUGGAAUUUGCUCCCCUCCCUUCCUAUCCUGAAUCCCAGCAGCCAAGAAGCAACUCCAAAGGCUCCUAGAAGUGUGUCCAGGAUUGGAAAGGGGGCAAUCCCCCCAUAGCCAAGAUCCCAGCCAAGAUUUCCAAGUCUAAGAUCUGUCCAUCAUGGGGGUCAGCCGUGGCUGUUUGCUCUGUGUUAAAGUGAAAAUGUUUGUCUUCAACCUCAUCUUCUGGUUGGGUGGCUGUGGAGUGCUUGGCGUGGGAGUCUGGCUGGCUGUUUCUCAGGGCCGCUUUGCCACCUUAUCAUUCUCCUUCCCAUCGUUGUCUGCAGCGGGCCUCUUCAUGGCGACUGGUGCAAUCAUCAUGGUUGUGGGUUUCCUUGGAUGCUUAGGGGCAGCCACUGAACAUCGCUGCCUCUUACUCACAUUUUUUGUGGUCCUUUCCACCCUCUUCCUCCUGGAGCUGAUUGGGUUGUUAGUUUUUGUCACCUGCAGGGAUAAGUUUGACAAAUAUGCCCAGUCUAACCUAAAGGAAGGGCUUAAGCUGUAUGACACAGAAGGCAACUUGGGGUUAACCAAAGCUUGGAACCAUGUUCAGAAUGAGUUCCGAUGCUGUGGCGUGCAGAGUUACACCGACUGGUUUGAGGUACGCAACCAAACAUGGGUUCCUGUGUCCUGUUGCUUACAGCAAAGUGACACUUGCCAAGAGGACAGCACCAGCUGGUGGAAAGAGCCCUGUUAUGAGAAGGUGAAAGUCUGGCUAGGAGAGAACAUUUCUGCAAUGGGCAUCUUUGCUGCUUGCAUCAUUGUUGUCCAGGUCUUGGGCAUCGUGUUCUCCAUGCUGAUGUAUUGCCAGGUCCGGCGAGCAGAGAAGUACUAUGACUGAGCCCCUCUGAAUCUACUUCUUUUAGUUCAGGGACACGAGGCUAUGAAGCAGCAUUUAGGGCAUUUCAUGCUCCGUAGGAGCUCCUUUGCUUUUCCACCCAACUCCUUCCUUUUCAUUUUUCAGGACCUUCCUUCUCCUGCUAAAGCUAAUUCCCACCAUUUACAGAUUGUCUUACCUCCUAAGUAGUAGUACAUUUACUCCAGGAUAGUCUGUCCUCUCCUAAAAGCCCUUCCUUUGCUACUUCUCCCCCCUUUACUGCCCAUGUCUUUUUUCAGCUCCUAAGUGAGGCUCCUUCUCCUUUUUUAGCUUACAUAGACCCCCCCCCAAUAUCUUGUAUCAUAAUCUCCCUCUCCCUUUAACUCUGUUGCCUUUGUAUAUAACAGAACUAUACCAAGCACCAAUAAAAUCAAUGAUUUUAUGGUCACUA